AUGGCAGAUAAUCAAGAUAACCAGAAUAAAAGGUUGUUGGGUGACUAUGCAGUGCCGAAUGUCAAUGGUGCUCAACCCAGUAUUGUGAGACCUACAGUCAAUGCUAAUAAUUUUGAGAUUAAGCCUGGUCUCAUCCAGAUGGUGCAGCAGGAGCAGUUUGGUGGAGGACCUUCUGAGGAUCCACAUGCACACCUUGCCAAUUUUUUGGAGAUUUGUGAUACAAUCAAGAUGAAUGGAGUUAGUGAUGAUGCUAUUCGACUCCGACUUUUUCCAUUUUCUCUAAAGGAUAAAGCCAAGGCCUGGUUGAAUUCCAAAGCGCCUAACUCUUUCACCACCUGGAAUGCCUUGUCACAAGCUUUUCUGAGUAAGUAUUUUCCCCCAGGUAAGACUGCCAAACUUAGAAAUGAUAUUACCAGUUUUGCUCAGUUUGAUGGUGAAUCUUUGUAUGAAGCCUGGGAGAGGUUAAAGGAUUUGCAGAGGAAGUGUCCACAUCAUGGUCUUCCUGAUUGGCUGAUUGUACAGACUUUCUAUAAUGGAUUAACACAUUCAGUCAGAAUUACUAUAGAUGCAGCUGCAGGAGGUACUUUAAUUAGUAAGUCAACAGAAGAGGCAUAUGAGUUGUUAGAAGAAAUUGUCUCUAACAAUUAUCAGUGGUCUAGUGAAAGAGGUAUGCCUAAGAAAGUUCCAGGUAUGUAUGAUGUAGAUGGCAUAAACAUGUUGAAUGCCAAGGUUGAUUCUCUAGUAAAAAUGUUCGGUAAGCUGGGUAAUGUGAAUUCCAUUUCUAGUCCUGUAUUGAGUUGUGAUUGCUGUGGAGGAGCUCACAUGAGUUCUGAUUGUAUGCAGGUUCAAUUUGUGUCUAAUUAUAACAGGCAGCAGCAGCAGAACAACCCUUAUUCCAACACAUACUACCCAGGAUGGAGGAAUCAUCCCAACUUUUCAUGGAAAGAUCAAGGUAACCAAGGUAGCAGUUCUAGAUCUCUCCAUCCUCCUGGUUUCCAACCAAAACCAUCCCAACCAGAAAGUAAACAGUCUUGGGAGAUAGCUAUUGAGAAGUUAGCCAAUGCCAGUUCAGAGAGAUUUGAGAGACUGGAAGCAAAGGUUGACCAGUUGGCGAGUUCCAAUAGAAAUGUGGAGAUGCAAUUGGGGCAGUUAGCCAAUUCCAUCAAUUUUCGUGGACAGGAUAAUUUGCCUAGUAAGACAGAGGUCAAUCCGAAGGAACAUUGCAAGGCAGUCACCUUGAGAAGUGGUAAGCAACUUGGUCAGGUAAGUGGUGAGACUAUAGUUGGUGAUAAAGUAGACUAUGAAGAGGUGAACAAGAAGGUCAGUGAAGAAGUUGAGGACCUAGCCAAGACACCAUCCCCACUACCACCAGUCGAACCUUAUGUUCCUCCCAUUCCUUUUCCUCAAAGGCUUAAGCAGAAUAAAAUUGAUCAACAGUUUGAGAAAUUUUUGAAAGUGUUUAGGCAGCUUCACAUUAAUAUUCCUUUUGCAGACGCCUUAGCACAAAUUCCUGCAUAUACAAAAUUUUUAAAGGAGAUCAUGUCUAAGAAGAGGAAAUUGGAAGAUUUCGAGACCAUUGCCUUGACGGAGGAAUGCAGUGCCAUUAUCCAGAAUAAGCUUCCACCAAAGCUAAGAGAUCCAGGGAGUUUUUCUAUUCUUUGUACUAUAGGUGAUGUUGAUUUUUCUAGAGCUUUGUGUGAUUUAGGUGCUAGUGUUUCACUAAUGCCUUUAUCUGUAUCUAGGAAGCUUGGAUUGAAGGAGUUAAAGCCUACUACCAUCUCUUUGCAGCUAGCUGAUCGAUCGGUCAAAUAUCCUUUGGGUAUUCUUGAGAAUGUGCUGAUCAAGGUAAAGAAGUUUAUCAUUCCAGUUGAUUUUAUUAUUUUGGAGAUGGAAGAAGACACCGAGAUCCCUAUCAUUUUAGGCCGGCCCUUUCUAGCCACAGCUGGAGCUAUCAUAGAUGUUAAGAAUGGUAGGUUGACUUUGAAGGUUGGUGAAGAAGAGGUAGAGAUUAAUUUAUUUGAAGCUACUAAAUAUCCUUCUUUUACUGAUCAUGUUUUUCGAGUUGAUGUUGUAGAUGAGUCGACCAGAGAGGUUUUUAGGGCUGAAAAUACUAAAGAACCUCUUGAGACUUGUUUAGUGAGUGCAGGGACAAGUAAAGAUGAUAAUCUAGAGGUUGCUAAAGUGGCGUGUGCAUUAGAGGCUACAUGUUUUAAGACAAAGAAGAGAGGUAUUUAUUUUGAGGAUAUCGGCAAAGGUAAGCCACCCCCUCCCCCUUCUAAUGUGAAAGCACCAGUUCUGGAGUUGAAGCCAUUACCCUCACAUCUCAGGUAUGCAUUUUUAGGUGAAAAUAAUACUUUACCUGUGAUUGUGAGUGUUUCUUUGUCUGAUGAGCAACUUGACAAAUUGAUACGUAUUUUGAGAUUGAGAAAAAAAGCCAUAGGAUGGACUAUAUCAGACCUUAGAGGAAUUAGCCCUUCAUUGUGUAUGCAUAGAAUUUUAAUGGAGGAUAACCAUAAACUUAUUGUUGAAAAUCAGAGACGGUUAAAUCCGAACAUGAAAGAAGUAGUUAGGGCUGAAGUUCUUAAAUGGUUAGAUGCAGGGAUUAUUUAUCCUAUAUCUGAUAGUUCAUGGAUUAGUCCAGUGCAGGUGCUUGAGAGACUUGCUGGGUAUGCGUAUUACUGUUUUUUAGAUGGUUAUUCAGGGUAUAACCAGAUUUCUAUAUCCCCCGAAGAUCAAGAAAAGACCACCUUCACUUGUCCUUAUGGUACUUUUGCAUUCCGUAGGAUGCCUUUUGGUUUGUGUAAUGCACCUGCUACAUUCCAACGUUGCAUGAUGGCUAUUUUCUCUGAUUUUGUUGAAAAGAUCAUGGAGGUUUUCAUGGAUGAUUUUUCUGUUUUUGGAUCUUCUUUUGAUAGUUGUUUAGAUAACUUAUCUCGAGUUUUGCAGCGCUGUGAGGAGACCAAUUUGGAUGUUGUGUUUGAUUUUGAUAAGGAUUGUUUGAAUGCUUUUAACAGGUUGAAGCAAGAGUUGGUGUCAGCACCAAUUAUGGCAGCCCCAGAUUGGAGUUUGCCUUUUGAGCUAAUGUGUGAUGCUAGUAAUUUUGCUUUGGGUGCUGUUCUCGGCCAGAGAAAAGACAGGAAGUUGCAUGUUAUAUAUUAUGCUAGUUCCAAGGUAAUCGUAUAUACAGACCAUUCAGCAAUCAAGUACUUGCUGAAAAAGAAAGAUGCCAAACCGCGCUUGAUUCGGUGGGUGCUGUUGCUUCAAGAAUUUGAUCUUGAGAUUCGAGACAAGAGAGGCAUGGAGAAUGUGGUGGCAGAUCACUUGUCUAGAUUAGAGGGGCAGUCAAGAGCAGAUGAGGUGCCCAUUAAUGAAAGCUUUCCAGAUGAGCAGUUGUUGGCAGUUUCAGUCAUCCCCUGGAUAUACUUGACCAAUGCCAUUCCUUGGAGUGUGGUGGACAUUUCAGUACCUCUAAGACAGUUGCAAAGGUAUGGCAAUCUGGUUUUUACUGGCCGACCAUGUAUCAAGAUACUAGACAGUAUGUUGAGCAUGUGUGAUAGAUGUCAGAGGGUUGGCAACAUUUCAAAAAAGAAUGAGAUGCCCUUGACCAAUAUCCUGGAGGUUGAACUGUUUGAUUUAUGGAGAAUUGAUUUCAUGGGCCCAUUUCCUUCUUCCUUCAAUAAUCAGUACAUUCUGGUAGCAGUGGAUUAUGUGUCUAAAUGGGUUGAAGCUACUGCAACUCAGACUAAUGACUCUCGAGUGGUGAUGAGAUUUGUGAAGAAAAAUAUUUUUUCAAGAUUUGGUGUGCCGAGAGCUAUUAUUAGUGAUGAAGGCUCCCAUUUUUGUAAUCGGUCAUUUGAGGCUUUGUUGAAGAAAUAUGGGGUUACUCAUAAGGUGGCACUUGCCUAUCAUCCCCAAACAAAUGGGCAAGUGGAACCUGCAAAUAGGGAAUUGAAGCAAAUUUUGGAGAAAACUGUGAGCAGUUCAAGAAAGGAUUGGGCAAAUAAGUUAGAUGAUGCACUUUGGGCCUAUAGGACAGCUUUCAAGACACCUUUGGGUAUGUCUCCUUACAGACUUGUCUUUGGAAAGUCUUGUCACUUACCAGUGGAAUUGGAACACAGGGCCUAUUGGGCAAUCAAGGAGUUGAACAUAGAUUUGAAAGCUGCGGGAGAAAAGAGAUUGUUACAGUUGAGUGAGUUGGAGGAGUUUAGGUUGGAUGCUUAUGAAAAUACUCGGAUUUACAAGGAAAAGACAAAGCAUUGGCAUGACAAACAUCUUCAGAUUAGAAACUUCGAAAUUGGGCAGCAAGUGCGUAGUGAGGUCACUGGUGCAUUCAAGGUUAAUGGGCAGCGUUUGAAGCCUUAUCUUGCUAGUAAUGUGGUUCCUAAAGGAGUGAUUUACUCUUUGAAGAAUCCUACCAAUGGUUGA